AUGGAUGGAACUCUACGAAACACACCAACACCUAUUGCAUCCGAAAUGCGUGAGAAGGAAAGACUUGAGGACGAGGCAUUGCCGGCUGUCGUAGAGACGAGUUUCGAAUCGUCUACUAUACGUCCAGUGACAUCGUCUUCGUCGUCGGGAUCGAGACCAGUUACACGAAGCUCUGACACCACCAGAGAGAACGUCGUUUUGAAACCCCAACAUGGACGAUCCGGAUCCGUGGCUACACGAAGUGCAUCAGGAUCUUCAGGUCCGAAUGUUGAGGUCUACGAUGUGAGCUCGCCAUCUCAGUACUCGAGCACACCGUCAGAACGCUCAAGCUCUAACUCAUAUAAUGUCGUCCGUUAUGCCAAAUCCAAUGAGAGCAUGACAUCGGUUCAGUACGCACAGGUCCGGCCGCCCACAGCUCAGUCUCAGUCUGCAAGCAGCGCCUGGUCAUCCAGCGAGGCUGAGAAUUUGCCACCACUCUCCGUCACCAAGAAGCGAUCGCACAUGCAUUCAGCGUCGGCCGGUGCAGUGCGCUUGUCAAAUCUCUCUACCAUUGCAUCAGAGUCAGAGCCUUCCAGCCAGUCUAUCAUACGCGAAAUGAGCAGUUCAAGUUCAGCUGACAUAUUUACAUCACCACCGGUGGUGCACCCAUCUUCACAAUCAGGCAACUGGUAUGUCAGACGCCAGACUAUCGGCGGCUCCAGCUCGUACUCGUCGAUGUUGACCGACAGCAACUACCAAACCGUGUCGACCGAGAGCUCUCGGUGGGAAUUGAAUCGAGAGAAUUCCGCGGUUCCUGACCCUUUGUUCUCAAGCAGCCCUCAUGAUACUCAGCAGCUGAGUAGCCCAAUGAUCCUUCAUCCGAGCUCGUCAGGCAUAUACGAACUUGCUGCUGAGAACCCUUCUGAGCAAGAUGACACCAUUGCUGAACUUCAAUUCCAUCCGUUGCGUACUCAGAGAUCGGGCCUCAAGUCUCGCGGGAGAGCAGCCUCAGAGCCUCGCCCAGUUUCCGCGCGCUCGAACCACACUCUGGCAUCGCUGUACAACCCAGAUCGAGGAUCUCAUGGCUCUUCUAUCUUCCCGCAGUGGGCCAAGUCUUUCUAUCGCGGAAAGCUACACUUUCCACAUGGAAAUGAAAGCACUGCCAGUCUUGCUGUUUCAGAUGGGCAGAUGCCUCCACAGCCUUCGGCCAGUUCUAUGCACAUGAUGCCAUGGGCUCAUCAUCGUCGCUGGGAAAGCGCAGGGAACAGCCUGAUGAGUACGCCACAGUCACAAGGACCUACACCUCGCAGCAACUCUCCGAAAUCCUCUCACUUCCUCCCUAGCAUCUUCCGGCCCUAUCGUCCCCGAGCGAACAUGAACCAAAGCCAGUCUACCAACACCAUGUCUGUUGUCACGCGCAGUAGUAGUCUCGCUGAGUUGUAUGUCGACGAGAGCCAGCUCGACUUCAGCGACAACGAGAACGAGAACGACAGUGCUAGCUCAAGCUCGACGGACAGCAUGAUCAUUACAACGAUCCCUCGCAACGGCAGGCACAACUCCGUACCAGCUUUCCAACCACCUCGCCGCCAAAAAACAGUCAAUUCUGGACGCGCGAUACCCCGCGAUCAGACAUACACCUCUUCCAACUAUCCGCAAUCUCUUGCCGCUAGCCACAUGUUCAACACACCUCCUCACCUCACACCUUCCCGCCGCCUUUCCCACCGUCUCUCCACCUGGCGCGCUCCCAGCUUCGACGAGGCCCUGAACACUCUAAUCUUGUCUCGCGGCAACCGCCAGAUCCUCUUCUUCUGCCUUGGUUUCUUGUGCCCAUUCUUCUGGAUGGUGGCCGCCUUCCUUCCCUUGCCGCAUCGACCCAUGGAAACUAUCAUGACCAACCCUGAGGCCUUGCAAGAUAUCCCCGAACUCGAAGGCGAGAAAAGCAACUACCCUCAGGGAUUGCAGGUCGAGAUGAGGAACUGGGAUCUGGAGCGCAAGUAUCUCAAGGCUCGCUGGUGGAGAAAUCUCAACCGCAUCAUGAGUUUUGUGGGUGUCGCCAUGAUUGGUGCCAUCAUUGCUCUCGCUAUUAUCGCUUCCAGAUAA